UCACACAACCAAAACUACCUAUCCAUUCAUUAUGAGGUAUACCUUAUGCUUACUUGUUGUGAAUUCGCUUAUCCGCCUGCUGACAAUGCCGCUCGCAGUCGACUUGGAACAGAAUUCGACGAACUCCAAUUUGAGUCAAAGCUUGCCAUCUCUCAUUCAACUCCUCUAGCUCGAGCUCAACCCGUCGUUACCCCUAUCUAUCACUCAACUACCUACCGUUACGACAGUGUUCAACAGUUCAAUGACAGUAACCAUGUAAGUCGAGGGUCCCAUUAUUANGAAAAUGUCGAGGUAGUCCUUCGAGAGCUAGAGCAAGGUGCUGCCACUCUGCUCUACAACUCAGGACUAGCUGCCUGUUCUGCUGUGCUGUUGGAGUUUUUGAGUGCCGGCGAUCAUCUGGUAAGGCAAUUUGGACUUUUAUUACUCUGA